CGUUUUUUGCAACUUUGCACUGCCCUGCGGUUGCCCCCGUUUUCUUUUUGCUGUUGUGCAAAACAGCAGCUAUGAAGAAGAAAUUGACACACUAUGACAUGCAGUUGGUUCUUCUCGUUUUAUUGGUGGGGGUGCCAACAAGAUCAGUGCUGGCUGACUCCCUAGAAGAUGAAGCUAAGAAUAACAUCACUAUCUUUACAAGAAUACUAGACAGACUUUUGGAUGGUUAUGAUAAUCGUCUUAGACCUGGAUUAGGAGACAGUAUAACAGAAGUCUUCACUAACAUCUAUGUAACCAGCUUUGGACCUGUUUCAGACACAGACAUGGAGUACACAAUAGAUGUUUUCUUCCGUCAAAAAUGGAAAGAUGAGAGGUUAAAAUUUAAAGGCCCAAUGAACAUCCUGCGACUGAACAACUUAAUGGCUAGCAAAAUCUGGACUCCAGACACAUUCUUUCACAAUGGGAAGAAGUCAGUAGCUCAUAACAUGACAAUGCCAAACAAACUACUACGAAUCCAGGAUGAUGGAACUCUCUUGUAUACCAUGAGGCUUACAGUCCAAGCUGAAUGUCCAAUGCACUUGGAGGACUUUCCAAUGGAUGCUCAUUCAUGCCCAUUGAAAUUUGGCAGCUAUGCAUACACAACUUCAGAAGUGACCUACAUUUGGACUUACAAUGCAUCUGAUUCCGUACAAGUUGCUCCGGAUGGUUCUAGAUUGAAUCAGUAUGAUUUGCUAGGUCAAACUGUUGGAAAGGAGACCGUUAAAUCGAGUACAGGUGAAUAUACAGUAAUGACAGCCCAUUUUCAUUUAAAGAGAAAAAUUGGUUAUUUUGUGAUUCAGACUUACCUCCCCUGCAUCAUGACAGUCAUUCUCUCCCAAGUGUCAUUCUGGCUGAACAGAGAAUCUGUACCUGCAAGGACAGUCUUUGGUGUAACAACUGUGUUGACAAUGACAACGUUGAGCAUCAGUGCACGAAAUUCCCUUCCAAAAGUAGCUUAUGCAACAGCCAUGGAUUGGUUUAUUGCUGUUUGUUAUGCAUUUGUAUUCUCUGCAUUGAUAGAAUUUGCUACUGUAAAUUACUUCACAAAACGAGGAUGGGCCUGGGAUGGAAAAAGCGUAGUCAAUGAUAAGAAAAAAGAAAAAGCAUCUGUCAUUAAGAAAAACAAUGCCUAUGCAGUGGCUGUUGCUAAUUAUGCUCCAAAUAUUACCAAGGACUCAGUGCUACCAACAAUCUCCAAGAGCGCUACAACUGCAGAACCCAACAAGGCAAAGCCAGAAGCCAAGCCACAAGAAGCAAAGAAAACAUUCAACAGUGUUAGCAAAAUUGACAGAAUGUCUAGAAUAAUGUUUCCAGUAUUAUUUGGUACUUUUAACUUAGUGUACUGGGCUACGUAUUUAAACAGGGAACCUGUCUUACUUGGUUUUGCGCCCUCAACCUAAAAGCUGAUUUACACUGGGGAUGUAUAGCAUCAUUAUAUCAGAUAGGUUGUUUUGCUAUGUACAGUACGACUAAUAACUGCUAAUCUGUGAACCAAUAAGUUACAGAAUGUAUAUAGAUAUCUUAUCUAUGUAUCUCCAAAGGAGGCACACAAUGUUUAUUCAUGGAUCUGUAAACAGAUAAUAAUCCUGGCAAAUGCAGCCAACUCUUUAAAAGUUCUACCCUGGGGAUUUCCUUUAGCCUGGGAUUCAAAUACACAGAAUUAUAUCUUCUCCAUAUAGUUAAGAGAAAAAUAGGGUCCUGCAUAAAUAUUUAGGAACAGUAUUUUUUUAAUUUAAAGUUAAGAUAUUUUUCUAUAAAAUAACUAAUACUACUUUAUUGAGCUGUCAUUACAAUGAUUUUUUUAAACCUUAUUUCAUACAAUGGGAUUUACAUAUAUAUAUUAUAGAGAGAUGAACUCAAACUAUUUUGUUGUUUACAAACAUGCUGAAAAGUAGUUAUGUUUGAAACUUAGUAAAGACUAUUGGAAUGCCAAGGUCAUGAGUUCCUUACUUCUAGACCUGCUUUAAAAUUUAAAUGAACUAUUACAAUUCAUUUUAGUGAGCAGUAGUAGUUAAUCAAAUUUGUAGCAUUAACCAAUUUCUACUAAAAAAAACCUAUUUUAUUCUCCUCAGUGUUUAUUUAUCUGAGGUUGCUGAACCAAGUGCUCUUAUUCAGCAAGGUCAGAAAAUAUUUUUUUUUUAAAUUAGAUUGAUAUCAGGCUCAUAAAUAUUGGGAAUUGACACACAGAAAUUUUUCAGGGUCAAACACAUCAGAAACAAAAGAUGCAUUUUUCCUGUUUAGUAUUUAAAGGAAAAGCUGCCUUAAUAAGGUUUCCUCUCAUCUACCCAUAGUAGCUAUUGUUUUCAAAGGAAACAGCAGUUUGUGAUUGCAGUGCAGGAAGUUGUCCUCAUGGAUACGAUUAAUUGCUGCUUUUGUAAAUUGCAAUUUCACUGACAUAACUUAACUUUGUAUAUUAGAAAGGGUUUUGCUAAGAUUUGAAUGUUAUUUUUAAUAAACUUCAGUGGAUCAUCAGUAAUUAUCAGUUAUGUCAUACACAAAUUGAAGUAAAAUUGGAGUGGCCAUUUGCAAUUUUAUAUAAAUAUUUAGUUAGUAAAAUUAAUUUUUGUUGGAACCUUUGCAAAUAUUCCUUAUGUCCUCGAAGGCCUGGUAAAUCAUGGCAUCACUAAUAAUUGUGUAGCGUAUUUAGAUUUUAAUAUACUUGGCCAAUCAAAAAUAUUUUGAUUCACAUACACAUUAGCAGUUGUUAGUUGACCUUUUAAAAUAGAUGCACCUUUAUGAUGGUGUGUUUACAGUAGAAACAUAUGUCAUCGUAUAGUGUCACUUAUUGCAGUUUUGUACAGUACUUGAAUAUAGUGCAUAAAAUAAGUAUGUUUAAAGUUUGACAAACUUGUAAAAAUAUUUCUAAAACUGAAUAAAUGAAUUAUCUUAAGACAUGAAAACUAGCAAAAACAAA